AUGGUUCCCUUAGCAAAAGUAUCCAUCCUGGGCAAGGAAAACAUCCACGUCGGUUACGAUAUUCACGAACAUAUAAUCGAUACCAUACUCAGCCAAUGUGUGUCCUCCACCUAUGUUAUCGUCAACGACACCAAUCUUAGCAAAGUUCCCUAUUACCAGGACUUCGUUGCAGAAUUCCAAUCCAAACUAUCCUCUGAAUCACGUCUCUUAAACUACGUAAUCCAACCAGGUGAAGCAAGUAAAACCAGAGAAACGAAAGCGGAAAUUGAAGAUUAUUUACUCUUGAAAGGAUGCACUCGUGACACCGUAAUGAUCGCAUUAGGUGGGGGUGUCAUAGGUGACAUGAUUGGGUUCGUCGCUGCUACGUUCAUGCGUGGUAUUAGAGUAGUACAAAUCCCUACUUCGUUAUUGUCAAUGGUCGAUUCCUCAAUUGGUGGGAAGACCGCUGUGGAUACUCCAUUGGGGAAGAACUUUAUUGGUGCAUUUUGGCAACCGGAGUUUGUUUUAGUGGAUAUUAAAUGGUUACAAAGUUUACAAAGAAGGGAGUUCAUUAAUGGGAUGGCUGAAGUCAUCAAGACUGCCUCUAUAUGGAAUGCAGAGGAGUUUGCUCGAUUGGAAAAUAACGCAUCUAUGUUUUUGGAUGUCGUUAACGCAUCUAAAUUGAUUAAGGUCGCUAAUAGCGUUACAGGUGAAAUUGACGAAAUUUCUCAUACGGAAAUUCAAAAAAUACUAGAACAUACCUAUAAGUUAGUAUUGGAAAGUAUUAAAGUGAAAGCAGAAGUUGUGUCUUCUGACGAAAGGGAAUCAAGUUUAAGAAACUUAUUGAAUUUCGGUCAUACCAUUGGUCAUGCUUACGAAGCUAUUUUGACUCCACAAGCUUUACAUGGUGAAUGUGUCUCAUUCGGUAUGAUUAAAGAAGCGGAACUAUCUCGUUAUUGGGGUAUUCUAUCUCCAACUCAAGUGGCCCGUCUUUCCAAAAUCUUAUCUUCUUAUGGUCUUCCAAUUUCCCCAGAGGAAAAAUGGUUCAAAGAUUUGACUUUAAAUAAAGAAACUAAAUUGAAUGUUUUACUUGAAAAAAUGAGUGUCGACAAGAAAAAUGAUGGUUCUAAGAAGAAAGUCGUCAUUUUGGAAAGUAUAGGUAAGUGCUACGGUCAAUCUGCUCAAUACGUGUCAGAUGACGAUUUAAGGUUUGUCCUUACUGAUGAAGUUUUAGUUUACCCAUUCGAUGCAAAAUCUAAUGACAAGGAAACGAUUGUUAUCCCACCUGGUUCUAAAUCAAUCUCAAACCGUGCGUUGAUCUUGGCCGCCUUGGGUGAAGGUACUUGUAAGGUCAGCAAUUUAUUACAUUCAGACGAUACUAAAUUUAUGUUAGAAGCUAUUCAAAGCUUAAACGGUGCAUCCAUCUCCACUGAAGAUAACGGUGAAACCAUCGUCAUUGAAGGUCAUGGUGGUAAAACUUUAACUGCUUAUCCAAAUCCAUUGUACUUGGGUAAUGCCGGUACUGCAUCAAGAUUUUUAACUACAGUUGCCGCAUUAGUUAACUCUUCUAAGGAUCAAGAUUAUAUCGUUUUGACUGGUAAUGCUAGAAUGCAACAGAGACCAAUUGGUCCCUUAGUCGACUCGUUACGUGCCAAUGGUACCAAAGUGGAAUAUUUGAAAUCCGAAGGUUGUUUACCAUUAAAAGUUUUCACCAAUUCCACAUUCAAAGGUGGUAGAAUCGAAUUAGCUGCCACCGUUUCCUCUCAAUAUGUUUCUUCCAUUUUAAUGUGUGCUCCAUAUGCAGAAGAACCUGUCACUUUAUCAUUAACCGGUGGUAAACCAAUUUCAAUUUUAUAUGUUGACAUGACCAUCAAGAUGAUGGAAAAAUUCGGUAUUAAAGUGGAAAAAUCUGAAACUGAACCAUAUACCUACCAUAUUCCAAAGGGCACUUACAAAAAUCCAUCAGAAUAUGUCAUUGAAAGUGAUGCAUCAAGCGCCACUUAUCCAUUAGCCUUUGCUGCAAUGACUGGUACUACAGUCACUGUUCCAAAUAUUGGCUCUGAAUCCUUACAAGGUGACGCAAGAUUUGCUCGUGAUGUAUUACAACCAAUGGGUUGUACGGUGAAACAAACCGGUACCUCUACUACAGUUACCGGUCCAGCCAUUGGAUCUUUGAAACCAUUAAAACAUGUUGAUAUGGAACCAAUGACAGAUGCAUUCUUGACUGCAUGUGUAGUUGCUGCAAUUUCUCACGGUGAAUCAGAUGCUCAAGACGAUAAUACAACUACAAUCGAGGGUAUUGCCAACCAACGUGUGAAAGAAUGUAAUAGAAUUGAAGCUAUGGCAACAGAAUUGGCCAAAUUCGGUGUGAAAACUACAGAAUUACCAGACGGUAUUCAAGUCCAUGGUUUAAAUAAUAUUGCUGACUUGAAACAACCAAAGGAAGCUAUCUAUCCAUAUGAUGAUCAUCGUGUUGCAAUGAGCUUCUCAUUGCUUGCAGGUAUGGUCAAUGCGACAUCGUCGAGCGAUUCAGUUACACCAGUUAGAAUACUAGAAAGACAUUGUACUGGUAAAACAUGGCCAGGGUGGUGGGAUGUCUUGCACACUAAAUUAGGUGCCAAACUAGAUGGUUGUGAAUCUGAAAAAUGA